AUGCAUAUCUAUACAACAUGUGGUGUUUGGGAGUUUGGAGCAACCACGGGAUGGGUUUUUACGGCUGAUGAGAGAGGGGCUAGGCUACUGUUAUUGGAAUCAACUUCUACCUUAGAGGAUUUUAAAAGAAUGGUUUUGGAAGAUUUUGAUAUGGAAGAAGAUAGCUUACCCGAUUUGGAGUUGAGUUAUCUACCUAAUGAGUUGAUCAAUACAUCAACUUGUCCGCCUGUGAUCAUUGCAAAUGAUCGACAGCUUCAGAAUUUUGUUUGUUUUGUUCAAAAGUGUGUUUCUACUCGAUUGUGUGUAACAUCUAAAGCCAAAGUUGAGAAUCUGAAUGAACCAGACUUUGAUCUUAACAAGUCGCCAGCUGAUUCAACUACUGCUCAAGAGGAGGGAAACUCGGUUGAUAGGGGGAAUGAACCAGCUCCUGUGUUUGUUGAGAGGCAGUGCGAGGAAAAGAAAGAAAAGAUUAGAAGAGUCGAAGUUGAUGAGGAUGCCUAUCAUGCCGAUACCAUGAUCUCGGCCAAAGAGGACGUACAUAAGAUGUCAAAGUUUUCUGUGCUCAAUGUUGUUAAGAAGGGACAAUUGUUUGAGAACAAAACUUUGCUGAAGGCGACUUUUGAGAUAUGUGCAAUGAAGCAUAACUUUCACUAUGAGGUUAUCAAAACGGAUAGACAACUUUGGUACGUUAGAUGUGAGGAUAAUGCAUGCAAUUGGUGUGUUCGAGCAGAGUGUUUGCAGGAUUCUGAAUAUUUCAUUAUCAAAAAGUAUGUCGGUGAACAUACAUGUGCACCUUCAAACAAAACCAAACCGGGUAGGACUGCUUCGGCCAAAACUAUAGGCAGUCUGAUUAUGCAUAGGUAUGAAGGGGUUAAGGAAGGGCCGAAAUGCAAUGAUAUAAUACAGAUUAUGCUUAUGGAUCAUGGCUGUGAGAUCACGAAAUCUUUAGCAUGGGAUGCUCGUGAAUAUGCGGUUAAUGCUGUUAGAGGUAUACCAGAGAGAAGUUAUGGAAAAAUACCGAAAUACUUGCACAUGCUCAGAGAGGCUAAUCCGGGAACACAUUCAUCGUAUGAGAUUGACAGCAAAGGGAGAUUUCGGUACCUGUUUAUUGCAUUUGGGCAAUCGCUACGAGGAUUUAACAGAGUCAUAAGGAGGGUUAUUGUGGUUGAUGGCACUUUUCUGAAGAACAAAUACAAAGGAGUUCUAUUGGUUGCAACUGCUGUAGACGGAAAUUCUAAUUUGUAUCCUCUUGCAUUCGGAGUAGUCGACUCAGAGAAUGAAAAUUCUUGGGAAUGGUUUAUGAGACAACUAAAUAGUGUCAUUGCUGAUGAUCAUCAUUUGGCUUUCAUUUCGGAUAGACAUGCGGCCAUUGCUAAGGCGCUUGAGACUGUGUAUCCAACAGCUAAACAUGGUAUUUGCAUUCAUCAUUUGUUGAAUAAUGUGGUAACAUAUUACCAUGGGAAAGGACUUGUUGGGUUGGUUGCAAAGGCGUCCAAGGUUUAUAGAGUUGCUGAGUUUGAAAAGAUAUUUGCUAAUGUGUGUAAUAUCAGUCCGACAAUUGGAAAAUACCUAAGGGAUGCUGAAGUCCAAAAGUGGGCAAGAUGUCAAUUCUCUGGAUAUAGAUAUGACAUAAGGACAACAAACCCUGCCGAAUCCAUCAACUCUGCUUUGCGUUCGCCGAGAGAGUAUCCAAUCAUUCCCUUGUUGGACAGUAUCAGAGAAAUGCUGACUCGGUUCCGAACACUCAUAAGUUCACCUGAGCUCCACGCAACACGAACCCUAAUCGGGAACACAGAGGAUUUCCUCUACGUCUGCUUAGACCUUAACAAGAAUAACACUAAACCUCGCUGGUUCACACUUUCAAAGAUCCCCAAACAACAGAAACUCAUACCAAUCUCUCUGACUCACUACAAAGUUCAUAAUUCAUCAUCGGUUUUUUCAGUUGGUUCAGCGAUUUACAUGAUCGGAGGCUUCCAGAAGAGCAAGAGAAUCAGAAACGUGUCGAUCCUCGAGUGUGGAACUCAUCAGUGUCGUAGGCUCCCCAAAUUGCGAGUACCUCGAAGAACUCCGGAAGUCAGGAAUAAUAAGGAUUUUGGAGAGGUUUACAAUCCAAAGAUCCAAACGUGGGAGCUGUUAUCGCCGAAGAUUUCGUUUGAGAUGCGACCUUGCUUGCUUCCUCCGGGAUUACAGUUUGAUGAGCUUUGGGGAUUUGUGGAAUGGUUUAAGAGUGUGUUUACCUUUGAUGGAUGUGAUUCUGGUUAUGACUUCUUUCUACAUCCUGCUAUUGUCACACUUUGA